UUCCUGGAGGUGCGGCACUGCAACCUGUCGGGCGAGAUUUUACGAGAGUUGAGGCGAGACCUGGCGGUGGUGCCGGGUGUGCGAGAGAGAAGGUCCGGCGAGUUUUUCACCAUGUACUGCCCAGGAACAUGUCUAGCCGCGCUCCUGGUUUUGACACUGUUGGUUAAAGGAAGUAGUGCAUUUACAGUACACCUAACUGACCAGUGCGGAAAGAGCAUCAACAUCAAAAGUCACGGCGGCCAGGUCAACUCCCAGGCGGCGGUAACAUAUCCAGCCAACACCGACUGUGAGCUGACUCUACAGGCCGACUCCGGGAAACACAUCUACCUCCGACUGGAACGACUGGAUAUACCAGACGGAAGCGGACAGAAUUGCGGCGACAGCCUGCGUAUUUACGACGGUCCCUCCGCGACAGGAAGCGUCCUAGGCAGCCCAAUUUGCGGCUCCAGUGCCGGCGGGGAAUAUGAGUCAACAGGGGACGCCGUGACCUUGAAGUUCACCUCUGAUUCCGACAAUCAGCGAGGCAGUGGUUUCCUGCUUGUGUAUGCCGCAUUUGACAGUGGUUCUCCUUGCGACAAUGCCGAGUUUGAGUGCGGGAACGGCCGCUGCAUAUCCCGGGACCUGAGGUGUGACCUGGCGGACCACUGCGGAGACAACACUGACGAGAGCAGCAGCGAUCUCCACGCCAACUGUGCAAAUGUAGCGGCUGUGAAUGGCGUAACUGCUGCUCAGUCACGCGGCCUCGGCGUGGGAGUGAUCGCCGCCAUCGCGAUCGCCGUCAUCCUCUUCGUCGUCCUGAUCGUCCUGGCCGUCUGCUUUUUCAUCCUGCACCAACAGAGCAGCAGCGCCUCCCAGGGGAUCGAUUCGGAAAAGCAGGAGCCUGUUCUACAAACCGUUGCUUACACCAGCAACCCGGCCAUGGCCAAACCGGCCCGCGUGGAUGAGGACAACCUCGCCAUAACGGAGCUUAGCGAGUCAUCGUCCUCGCUCCAGCCCCCUCCGGCCCAGCAGCCCCGUCCAGAGGAGCCCGAGCUCUACACAGAACAAGAGGCCACCGAGGAGGCUGCUAAGCCAGUCUACCCUGACGCGGUGCCCGGGCCGCCUACGUACAUACCGCCCCGGUCUCUGUCACCUGCCGCGUCCCCGGCCAGGUCUAUCACACCCGUGGAACAGGCAUAAAUGAAAUGUAUACUACUAUGAUAACAAUAUCAUUGUUAUUAUUAUAGCCUGUUGGAGUUUAUCAUUGAGAACAAUGCUGCGUAUGGUAAAAGUAUUCAUAAAGAGUUUUAAGAUAUAAAUAUUGUAAAAAAAACGUUGAUCCAGAGAUGUCUACAAAAACACAGCUUUGAUUGAACUUCCUUGGAAUGUGACGAUUACGGUUUCAAUAACUUUCAUGUCUCUCCAUGUGGUUUGAACGAAAAACGAUUUCAAAACUUUUAGAACUUAAACAUUUGCUAGUACCAUUCCGUCGUUGUAUAGUUUAAUUGUAUAUACUAUUCGAUACUCUCCUUGGGUGUCAAAUAAUCUACAUCUGAUGGAUACUGUGACAGAAAUUGUAAAAAGAAAUUGUAAAGAAAGUGGGAGUUCUUUAUAUACAAUGAAAAUAUCUGUCACUGUCAUACAUAUCGGGGACCAACCUAUGGGUUUGAUGGUGUCAAUGGGAAGUUUAGAAUGAGCAAUAGUUAAGUAUGGAAAUGUAACUAAUUACGGUUUUUGCACCCGUUUGGUAGUAUGUUAAAGUAUACUAUAUGUAUAUAUUUUGGCCAUCAUGAUAGAAAGUUGAGUAUUGUGAUAGAAAGCAGAGUGUUGUAUCAUGUACCAUUAAAAAACAAAGUUUUUCCGUCCAUUUAUAAAAUGUGUCAAAUGAAUAUCACAAAUAAAGACAACUUUUGUUGUAUGAAACUGUA